GUGCAGGGAAAGUACGUCAAGUCAACCCUUUAAGUCAACAGUUGAUUAUCUUUCCUGGAAAGAAAAUCCGGGGACAGAAGUGAAAGCCAAAGGGAAAAUGGCUGAUGAAGUAGAUUCUACAUCUGCAACAGGUUUCAGUUUGUCUGAUGAGUUGGCUCUAGAGAAUUGUUAUCUUGGGUUUGGUUUGAUGGAGAAUCAGGACGAUCAUGUCCCGUUUCCUCUAUUGAGUCCCAACAAUAAUCAGGAGGCUCAUCAGCCAAUGUCGUUUGAUCGUGAAUACAGUAACAACGGUGGUGGAGUACAUGGGUCGAGCGAUGGGUGGUCGGCUGUGUCAGGGGCCCUCAGUUUCACUACUACUUAUGGUCCAGAACUCGACGAACAGCAGUUGACUCUCCCUUGGAUCACUGAAAAAGCCAUUACUCACCAGCAGCAUAGCCAGAAGAUGGAUAACUCAGUGAAACAUCAUUUGAGUUGUGGUACUCAUUCAUCAUCAUUGGACAGUGAUGGCUAUGAUACAGCAUCAUCGGAGAGCAUUAGGGAUGAGAUGCUGCAACAAUCAAAAAUGAAAAUCAAUCAUGAAAUUAGUGUUCAAGCACCAGAACUUGGGAUGGAGUUUUCUUCUGAAGACGAUGCAUACAAGUUUUACAAAGAUUACGCUAAUGCAAUUGGCUUCUCUGUGAGGAAAGGAAAGUACCAACGGUCGUUGAAUGGAACCAUUAGGAAACGAAACUUUUUGUGUUCAAAUGAGGGGUUUCGAUUGAACAAACCUAACAGCAAUGCAGUAAGGUAUAGAAGGAAAGAAACCAGAACAGGAUGCAAAGCCAUGGUUCAAAUCACAAGUGAAAAUGAAAAAUGGAUGAUCUCCCACUUAGUUCUUGAGCACAAUCAUAACCUUGAAGGUUCAAGUCAAAGGUAUAUAGGUUCACGCCCUCACAACUCACAGACCUCAGAAGAUCAUUUGACAAAUCGCACAAUAAGGAAAACUGCAAUGGUGCAAAAGGCAGGGGAUUCAAUUUCUGCAAAAUUUUGUAAUGUGGAUUAUAGUAGCUACUUGGGCUAUCAGAACGUAAGUAGUCUAAACCCUGAAGAUGCCCAGGGCUUAAUUAACUACCUCAAGCAAUUGCAGCUGGAUGAUCCUUCAUUUUUCUACACGUUGCAAGUUGAUGCCAAAAGCAGCCUUACAAAUUUCUUUUGGAGGGAUGGCAGAUCGAAAUUGGACUAUCAGUACUUUGGAGAUGUCAUAGUUCUGGAUACCACAUUCCGAGUUGGGUUGCAACGCAUGAUUUGUGCACCAUUUUUAGGGCUUAACCAUCAUCGGCAGUAUGUCUUGUUGGGCUGUGCUUUGCUGCUUGAUGAAAGCAAGGAUUCUUUUAGGUGGUUGUUUGGGACCUUAAUGGCAGCAAUGGGUGGUCACCAACCAAAGACAAUUUUAACUACUGAGUGUCAAGCAAUGGCUGAUGCAAUAAAGGAAGUAUUACCUGAUACACAACAUCAUCUUGGCAUGUGGUACAUUCAACAAACUGCUGCACAGCAUCUUUCUGAACUUUAUCAGCAAUCAGGAUUCAAAAACCUUUUCAAUAAAUGCAUCUUUGAUUGCCAAUAUGAGGAAGAAUUUGAUUUGUUGUGGAAUUCUCUAGUGGAGCAAUACAAUCUGCGAGAAAAUGAAUUCCUCAAGACUCUACACGUGUUGAGGAAGAAAUGGUCUCCUGUUUUCAGCAAAAGUACUUUCUUUGCGGGCAUACAAUCAACAGAUGAUUGCAAGACCAUUAGAACUGUUUUCCAGAGUUUGAUGAGAGAGAACAUGACUCUGUCGAAGUUUGCUCAGCAAUAUCAAAUGGUGGCAAAGGAACAGCGUAAGAAUGAAUUAGAUGAAGACUUAUGCUGUAAUAAGACUUCUCCAUUGACGAUUCUUAAAGGCAGUACCUUGGAGAAACAAGCUGCAGAUGUCUAUACUCGUACCAUGUUCAAAUUGUUCCAAGAAGAGUUACGCGGAUGCCUAUCAGUGGCGAUAGAGGACAUGGGAUUUACUGGCACAGUUGCUACAUUCAAGCUGAAAGAGGAGGCCCAAAAGGAUCACAUUGUCAAGUUUGAUGAUUCCUUGAACCAAAUCACAUGUGGUUGCAAAAAAUACGAAUCUGUUGGUAUCUUAUGCGUCCAUAUUCUAAAGGUACUGAAUGCCAAAAAUAUCUUUCAAUUACCUUUCCGUUAUAUAUUGAAGAGGUGGAUGAAAUCUGCAAAAGAUGGCAAGGUGCUGAAUGACCAUAUUGGAGCAGCAGAGAGGAGCGAAAAAUCACUGAAAGUGAGCAAACUAGAGCAAAAAGCUCUAAAUGUCAUCACUAAAAGUGUUGCUUCUGAAGAUAGCUAUAAGAUAGUUGAGGAUUGUCUGGACAUAGUCUUGGGAAAGGUCGAAAAUGUUCUGAAAACAAAACAUACUGGACAUCAGGAUAAAGAAAAGGAUGUUGAAAUUCUUAACACAUGUAAUGAAGGUAUAGAAACACAAACUGUGCUAUCAGCUCCCCCAUUUCAAAAAGAAGCAGCAGAUCAUAGACUGAGAAGUAAAUCAAAGAGAAAGCAUGAAGAUGAUGUGAGUGAGAUAAACUGCAAGUCUAUGGAUGAUUGUGUUCUCCAUCGUCAACCUCCUAGAAAAGCAACAAAAGGAACAGACAAUGAAGGAUCAAGGGCAAUAUCUAGCCACUCAUAUUUUGCAGGGGAUUGUUCACAACAACCUGCCUGUAUUUCGCCACGACCUCCACUGCCUUCACCAUCCACUAUCCACCAAUUCAAAGGUUUCAGCAAGCCUAUGGGUAUUUUGCAGGAAAGAAAGAAGCAAGCACCGGAUGCGCCAGUGAGUAGAAGAGAGAUGGAGACAAUGGAAAUGACAAUAAUGUCAAAGAUGAAAGAGAUGCACGAAGGGAUCACAAAGAUGAAAGGGAUGCAUGAAGCGAUCUUAAGGGCUAUAAAUGAGAAUAAGAAGUCUUUACCAUGACCAUGAGAACAACAGGAUAUGGAGAAUCAAUUAUGUUUAUAGAAACUUAUCUUGCAGCUCUUCUCUUCUCUUUUCCACUCAGAAGCUGGUAUUCAAUUAACCUAGCUGGGGAGGAAAGAACGGAAACAAAGAAGAAGGUAGGACGCUGACCUUGCUUUCAGUAAUGGUAAGAGUGGCAAUGUGUCCUUCUAGCAAUGUGCCCCUUCCUUUCUAGGUUACACCCUUCCUUUGUCAACACACCUAUAAAAUAGGGUAGGGAAGUAAUGAACCUUUGGGCGAGUUCUCCCUAAACUACUUAAUAGUGCAGCCAGCUCCCAUAGAUUUAUAUAAAAUUUUUGUAUCAAUUUGGGAAUGUCAUGCUUUUCAAGUCAUUAUCACAUUGCUGCCAACUAGUUUGAUGAAUUGAUGCCAGGCCUAAUAUAGUAUAGAAUCAGUUUGGAUUUGGAUUUUUGUGAACUUUCUACAUAAAAAAAUCAAAACCUGAAAUGAGAACCACAUUCUUUCCCUUAAAAUUGAAAUUGAUAUGAUUCCUUAAAACCUUGACCUUUAACAAAUUGAUCAAAGUUAUAGAAUUUAGUUCAAUCUGUUAAACAAAUUUGAAAAAUAUU